GAGGGCGCUGCUCACACGCACCGUUAGCGCAUAUCCCACCACAGUCGGGUUUGUUUACUUGACGCAUUUAGUUAGAAAUUAGCCAAUGUAGCUUACAGUGAGUAUUGACAUCUGGAACGCUGAAGUCGUGGACACACAGCAGAGAGAGUGAGAAAGCUGAGGUGGUCUGAGUGACUCGGAGCUGACGGGGUGACACUCACUGAGGGAACAGCAACAGAAUGUCUUUCAUAUUUGAUUGGAUCUACAGAGGAUUCAGUAGUGUUUUGCAAAUAUUAGGACUGUAUAAAAAGACCGGAAAGCUGGUUUUCCUUGGAUUAGACAAUGCAGGAAAAACAACAUUAUUGCACAUGCUUAAGGAUGAUCGACUCGGGCAGCAUGUGCCAACACUUCAUCCAACUUCGGAAGAGUUGACCAUUGCUGGGAUGACUUUCACUACGUUUGACCUGGGUGGGCAUGCACAAGCAAGAAGAGUUUGGAAGAAUUACUUACCAGCCAUAAACGGAAUAGUCUACCUUGUGGAUUGUGCUGACCAUGAGCGUCUACAUGAGGCUAAAGUCGAACUAGAUGCCCUGCUAACUGAUGAGACCAUAUCCAAUGUGCCAAUCCUUAUUUUGGGAAAUAAAAUUGAUCGACCCGAGGCAAUAAGUGAAGAUGCACUGAGAGGAGCAUUUGGCCUACAUGGACACACUACUGGGAAGGGGAAUGUGGCACUGAAAGAGCUGAACAUGAGACCAAUGGAAGUUUUCAUGUGCAGCGUGUUAAAAAGACAAGGAUACGGGGACGGUUUCCGAUGGCUUUCUCAAUACAUUGACUAAUUGGUUAAGACCCAAUAGCCUCUCCAAACCUGCUUGACCCUAUUUAUUGAAGGUGUGACUCAGGAGUAAAGAACUAUUUAAAAUGGAAUGAAAACUGACAAUUGUUCUAGUAGUAGUAUUUUUUUAAAUUGUGCCAAAAUUAAAACAUGCUCCUAAAAUACAUUUGUGUAGUCUCAAACGACAAAGACUAAUAACCGAUUGUAUAAUUUCUCCUUUUAAAAUUGAAGCAAACUAUAUGGUACGUAUUGAGUCUGGAGUAUUUUAGGAUAAAUAGUAUUACAUUCAGGGUUUGUUGAGUCAAUCCAAAUUACGUACACUUUCUGUUACAUACGCUUUCAGAUAAAUAUGUAUUGCACAUGUUUUAUCAAAUGGAAAAAGUGAAUUUUUGCCAUGAUAUGGAAAUAAACCAACAGGUAUAUGAAAUAUGGUGCAAUAACUAGUCUUAUGUAGCUUGCAUAUACUUUAUUUUUUAUUUUUAAACACUAUUAACAUGUGUGCCUUGAUGAGUGUGCUGUGGUAUGAACAACUGAUUGGUGCUUUACAUAUUUUUUUUUUUUUUUUUAGAAUUGUAGUAUUUUAAGGCUACACUAUUGUAGAUGCAAUAUAUGAUUGUUAACAUUCAUGAAUUAUUUCUGCAGUAAGUACUUUUUGAUCUUCAGUACGAUUGACAUGCAAUGAUGGGAGCACAUGAACAGCACAACAUCAACCUUUCAGAGAAAGAGCACUUGUGCAAUACAGACUGUCAUGUUAAGUCACUUUUCACAUUUGUAAAUAGAACUGCCUUCAAUCAUCUUUUUUAAAUGAUGUGGCUCAAAAAACCUUAACAGCACAAUUUUCAUGCUUAUUUCAUGCUUAUUUUGGAGCAGACAAAAAUAAAAGUGAAUAUUUUCAA